AUCUGGCGUCGUAAUGACGUCACAUCGCAACAACGUUGGUCAUAAACAUUAUCUUAAUGAAAUCAUGGAAACGUACGACAGCAGCUGUGAGCAAAGGGCAUCGGUAUAAUGAGCUCUGAAAGAAAGUAUAGCACGUGGAGAGAUUAUGAGUCCGGGAUGUGUCACAUGUGCCAUCAUAGGAAAAUGAGGGUUCGAAAGCUCUGGUGUGAGAAACACAAUUAUUGCAGAUCUUGUGCGGAGUUUUUACCACGAUUGCGUAAUGGGGAUUUUUCGUGCACACGUUGUCCAAACUUUGGGAUAGACCCAUACCUCGUGUCACAGAGUGAAAAUUUGGAUAAAAAGAACAAGAUGUCCCAUUAUAUCAUAGAUUCAGAUGAAUCAGACGACGGUGACUUGGAGGGAAACAAUCAAAAUUUAGACGAGCUUCUCGAGACUCUCAUUAAACCAUCAGUUCAGGAAAACAACCAUUGUGUAAAAGGAAACCAGGAAGAUUUGAAACCUAUUACUAGAAAGAUGUCAUUUUUGCAUGUAUCUAUGCCGUCUGCUCACAAUGACGCCAUUGAAGAGACAGCGUCUGCACAGCCGAAUCUCAUCUGCAACACUGUUGCACAGCUUUUGCAUUCUCCAGAGAAGCUUCUUAGCCGACGUGCUGAACUACAGAGAAAAUGUGCUACCAAAAGCUUCUGUAACACCGAAACAGUAGACCCUCAAAAAGAGAUCCAGCCAAAAGAUCUUACCUCAAAAACAACAGAAAACUUUCCGGUUUUUAAGCCAGAUUCUCCAGAGUUGGAGCGCAAUACGUCACCAUGCAAAGAGAGGCUUCUUAGCCGACGUGCUGAACUACAGAGAAAAUGUGCUACCAAAAGCUUCUGUAACACAGAAACAGUAUACCCUCAAGAAGAGGUCCAGCCAAAAGAUCUUACCUCAAAAACAACAGAAAACUUUCCGUUUUUUAAGCCAGAUUCUCCAGAGUUGGAGCGCAAUACGUCACCAUGCAAAGGAGUUAGACCACGAAGCUGCCAGAGUGAUUCCAGUGAUUAUUCGUACCAUACGAUAUCGUCACAGUCCGAGACCGAACAACUUCGACACAUCAUCGGCAAAAUUGACGGACCGGACACGUCAAGUUCGAGCUCUAGAUCCAGCUCAGUUUCCUCUAACACGUCAUACGAUGACUUUUGGGACAUGGAAAGUGCAAAGUAAUAUAUAAAAGAAAAAAUAAACCAUAAUUUUGUUUAA